UCAAGUUUUGGGUGUCGUGUUUUCGUGUUACUGUUUUCCGUUUCAGAAGUUCACCUUACAGCCCGCUGUCCGAUUGUCAUGUCUUUACCUCUCUGAUCAAUCAUAUUUUCAGAUUAUUGGCUAUAUAUUCUUUAUUAUUUGCGUUAUAUUUUACCAACUUAUCUGAAUAAAUAGAUGUGUCAGAAAACGUAUAACAAGUUACUCUAAGUUACAUAAAUGCCAAGGAUAUACUUGUAAAAAGUAUUUUUGCCCUUAUGUACACAGUAAAAAUUUGGGACAACAGCUUAAAAAUGUAGCUGAAGUUUAUGAUUAUUCACAAAUUGGUGCCUUUUAUAGUGAAUUAAAUCAAAUGUCCAAGAUGCAUAAGAAUAGUGAUGUUAACCUAAAUGAAUCAGAAUGUUAUUUUAGAAAACAAGGAAAUGGGCUGAUUUCCCACAGAAAGAAUAGAAAAAGGAUGUAGAAGUGCCUUGGAGUGGAGGGGAAAUAAUUACCAUUAACAGGUUUGCAGAAUUCUAAAGAAAGUGUAUGAAAGCUGAUGGUGAACUUUGUGGCCUCAAUUAAGUCUUAACUGGAUGUUUUUCAUGUAGCAAAUAUACACUAAACUGUUUUUCAGAAUUGAGGGGAACACAGUUACAUAAAUUGAGUCUGAACACAAUUCAGGGAUGUGAUUAUAUUAGGUUUCUAUUAUUUCAUAUAUGCAUUGUGUGUGAAUAUAUGCAUCUGUCUGGCUACUAGUACAGUGUUUUAAAAUCUUUUAUUAGAUUGUGAUAAUUAUUUUUGUUACUUAACUAGGAAAACAUUAACUCAAAGAAAUGGAUGAUGAACCUGAAAGAACCAAACGGUGGGAAGGGGGUUAUGAAAGAACAUGGGAAGUUCUUAAAGAAGAUGAAUCUGGAUCAUUAAAAGCGAGUAUAGAAGAUAUUCUCUUCAAGGCCAAGAGAAAAAGAACUUUUGAACAUCAUGGACAAGUUCGACUUGGGAUGAUGCGCCAUCUGUAUGUCGUAGUAGAUGGAUCAAGAACAAUGGAAGAUCAAGAUUUAAAACCUAAUAGAUUAACAUGCACCUUAAAGCUACUGGAAUGUUUUGUUGAGGAAUAUUUUGAUCAAAAUCCUAUAAGCCAGGUUGGCAUCGUUGUAACUAAGAGUAAAAGAGCUGAAAAAUUGACUGAACUUUCAGGGAAUCCAAGGAAACAUAUAACGGCUCUGAAAAAAGCUGUAGAUAUGACCUGUCUAGGAGAGCCUUCUCUAUAUAAUGCUUUAAACUUAGCCACCCAAACAUUAAAGCACAUGCCAGGACAUACAAGCCGAGAAGUUUUAGUAAUACUCAGCAGCCUAACAACAUGUGAUCCCUCAAAUAUAUAUGAUCUAAUAAAGUUCUUAAAAUCAGCUAAGAUCAGAGUGUCCGUUAUUGGUCUUUCUGCUGAAGUUCGAGUGUGCACUGUGCUUGCCAGAGAAACUGGUGGAACGUACCAUGUCAUUUUAGACGAAAGCCAUUAUAAGGAACUCCUGAUGCAUCAUGUCAGUCCACCACCAGCCAGUUCUAAUUCUGAAAGUUCUCUUAUUCGAAUGGGCUUUCCUCAGCACACAAUUGCACUAAUGGCUGACCAGGAUGCAAAACCAUCUUUUAGCAUGGCGCAUCUGGAAAACAGCAAUGAUCCAGGCCUUACACUAGGAGGAUAUUUCUGUCCUCAGUGUAGAGCCAAAUAUUGUGAACUCCCUGUGGAAUGCAAAGUGUGUGGGCUUACACUAGUGUCUGCACCACAUCUGGCUCGAUCAUACCAUCACCUAUUUCCUUUGGAUGCCUUUGAGGAAGUUCCAGUGGAACAGUAUAUGGGGGAAAAGUAUUGUCAGGGAUGUCAGGGAGAAAUCAGAGAUCAUCAUGUCUACAUUUGUAAAGUAUGUCAUAGUGCAUUUUGUGUUGAAUGUGAUCUUUUUGCUCAUGAUACCUUGCACUGCUGUCCAGGUUGCAUUCACAGCCAUCCUGGUCCUCCCUGAAUUUGAUGCCUCUGAUUAAAUAUUACUUCUUGUACAUUAUUCUGAGCAGAGAAUCCUCACCAGUUAUUGAACAUCGUCAAUAAAUUAAGUUAAAGAGAAAGAUAAGGAAGGUGACUCAGCUGGAGGCAUAUCUAAAUAUGAAUUUGCACACCCAUUCUAUGAUGUAUUUAAUGGAGACAUAAUUCUAUGUGUUACAUGUAUUUGUGAUUGCUAAUGUUCUUUUGUAAUAAUAUGGAAUAAUGUGCCAAAUAUAUCCUGAAAGUAUUAAACUGGAUGUGUGCACUUAAAAUAUGAAUCUUAUUUAUAUACUGCUUUUUUAAAAUUAUAAAAUCUGACAAAUGGAAA